CCUGAGGCGGCGACGGCGGAGGUGGGCGGGGGGCGCUGCCGCCGGGAUGGCCGCCCUGCUUGUCGGCAGGGCCGGAGCGGGGCCCGAUGGCGCCAGGGUGGGCGGCAGGGCCGCGGCCGCCGUCAAGGUGCUGGAAUGUGGUGUUUGUGAAGAUGUAUUCUCCUUGCAAGGAGACAAAGUUCCCCGGCUGCUUUUGUGCGGCCACACUGUCUGUCACGACUGCCUCACCCGACUUCCUCUCCACGGGAGAGCAAUUCGCUGCCCUUUCGACCGACAGGUGACGGAGCUCGGAGAUUCCGGCGUGUGGGGUUUGAAAAAGAAUUUCGCCUUGCUGGAACUUCUGGAACGGCUCCAGAAUGGCCCCGUCGGUCAGUACGGAACCGUGGAGGAAGCGAUUGGGAUAUCCGGAGAGAGCGUCGUGCGCUGCGACGAAGACGAGGCCCACGUGGCGUCCGUGUACUGCACCGUGUGCGCCACGCACCUGUGUGCCCACUGCUCCCAGCUGACUCACUCGACCAAGACGCUGGCCAAGCACCGGAGGGUCCCCCUGGCAGACAAACCCCACGAGAAGACCCUGUGCCCCCAGCACCAGGUGCACGCCAUUGAAUUUGUGUGCCUGGAGGAAGGGUGCCAGGCCAGCCCCCUCAUGUGUUGUGUCUGCAAAGAGUACGGGAAACACCAAGGCCAUAAGCAUUCCGUGUUGGAACCCGAAGCCAACCAGAUCCGGGCGUCCAUUCUGGAUAUGGCUCACUGCAUCCGGACCUUUACCGAGGAGAUCUCGGAGUAUUCCCGAAAGCUCGUGGGGAUCGUCCAGCACAUUGAAGGGGGAGAGCAAAUCGUGGAAGACGGAAUCGGAAUGGCCCAUACGGAGCACGUCCCGGGGACCGCGGAGAGUGCCCGCUCGUGCGUCCGGGCCUACUUUUCGGACCUCCACGAGACCCUGUGUCGCCAGGAGGAGAUGGCCCUGAGCGUGGUGGACGCCCACGUGCGGGAGAAGCUGAUCUGGCUCAGGCAGCAGCAGGAAGACAUGACCAUCUUGCUGUCCCAGGUUUCAGCAGCCUGUCUCCACUGUGAAAAGACGCUGCAGCAGGAUGACUGCAGAGUAGUUUUGGCCAAACAGGAAAUUACGAGAUUACUCGAAACGUUGCAGAAACAGCAGCAGCAAUUCACCGAGCUUGCAGAUCACAUACAGUUGGAUGCCAGCAUUCCCGUCACAUUCACCAAGGACAACCGAGUCCACAUUGGGCCCAAGAUGGAAAUUCGGGUGGUCACGCUGGGCUUAGACGGUGCCGGAAAGACCACCAUUCUGUUCAAGCUGAAGCAGGAUGAGUUCAUGCAGCCGAUUCCAACCAUCGGUUUCAACGUGGAAACGGUGGAGUAUAAAAAUUUAAAAUUCACGAUUUGGGACGUAGGAGGGAAGCACAAGCUCCGGCCCUUGUGGAAGCAUUAUUACCUCAACACCCAAGCCGUCGUGUUCGUCGUCGACAGCAGUUACCGAGACCGGGUCAGCGAGGCCCACAGCGAGCUCGCCAAGCUGCUCACCGAGAAGGAGCUGCGGGACGCCCUGCUCCUCAUCUUCGCCAACAAGCAGGACGUGGCGGGGGCCCUGUCCGUGGAAGAAAUCACAGAACUGCUCAGUCUCCACAAACUGUGCUGCGGGCGGAGCUGGUAUAUCCAAGGCUGCGAUGCCCGCAGCGGCAUGGGCCUCUACGAAGGACUGGACUGGCUUUCGAGGCAACUCGUGGCCGCCGGCGUGUUGGACGUGGCGUAGUUCUCAGCCGGAGCGGGGGCUUUAAAGUUCGCGGCGAGCUGUUCUUUGCACGUACUAGGUAGUUUUAAGAAGUCCAAUGUCUCCAACGUGACAGGUAACGUGGCGGGGCGGGGGCGUACUCACUCAAGAGAGGGGUUUGAUCGGCGGCUCGUGGGGAAUUCGGCGCGGCGCGACCGUCUUUUCUCUCGCUGCUACCGGAGGGGUGGGACCUGAUCCCGGGAGGGCCUGGGAUUCCCAAACACGGAAAGGGCUUGGGCCUCGGGUUUGGUUUUCCGAAUGCCCUGAGCCAGCAGAUGCGCCGAACCGGAGAGGUCACUGAAGGAGAAAGGCUUCCAAACCUGGAGGCCCUAGUCUCCCUCUGAAGGAGGAGGAGAAAGAGGGCUGUCAUUGUUCCGAACCCCUUGCUGCUUCCUCUGUUCCUGGGCCGCGACACUAACGAGAAAGGGGCAGCCCCGACGCUCCCGGGGGAUCCACCUUGUCGCGUGCGGGACCCCUCCGCCUCCCUUUACACCGUCCAGCGGGAUGGGAAUUCCUCAACACUAGAAAACACACCCUUAACCUGAAAGCUUCCUCCAUUUGAUAGCGAUUCUUGCCGAAAGCGUGCGGCUACACCGCGGACCUCGGUCACCAGCGACGAAGGGGAUUUUAGUGGAGUUGGGAUGUACCCCGGGGUUGGCUCGACCAGGCGGCCGGACCAGAACCCCUCUCUCUGACCCGGGAGGACCUGGUGAUGUUCGCUGCUCGGCCUGGGCCUACCUCUAAAGCUGGGUUCCCCUAUCUUUAUAUCCCGGUUCUUCCAUCCAGCUAGCAACCCCCCGUUUUUUCACCCGGGAACCCCCAGAAACGCGGUUUCUUCGUGCCGCGGGCAGCGAUUAAAAUACAGCAAACUCAGCGCUGCUAUCAGGACCGGAGUCGAGCCAUUACACAAACUGCUUCUACUUCCCAAAGGCUCCUCCGGGUCAUUUAGCAAUUUUAUUCCUCUGGCGGAGGGGAAAACAAAAAUCGAUAGCAAAGCGACAGACGGCCAUUGGCAGAAAUACCAACGGUCCAAACCGCCGGCAGAAAUCUAGGAGCCCGUCUCUAGUUGCGAAGUCGUUCUUGAAAACACACGCUCGGGAAAGCAGUCAGAAAAGGCUGGCGUAUUGCGAGGAAACCAUUGAAAACGUUCACGUCUGAAACUCGUCUUAUAGCGUUCUGAGUAAAACUUUGAAAAGGAGUUGAUUUCGAGGUUGUUCCCGGGCUUUGGAUGCAUGUUUUUUAAAGGUGUAUAAACGGAAUUGUCAUUUCCCUCCCCACUUUUGCCUCCUUGGCUUUGCCUGGAUCCUUCAGGCCGAAGCCUUGUUUUUAUUCCCACCCUCACAGCUCCAGGCCCAGCUCCCGCUAGCCGGGAUCACACCGCGGGGUCCAACGUUCUCCCUCAGCGUCCCGGGAUGAAAUCUUUCCGUUGGAAAAAGCCUCCGCGGCUUUUAUUCCUCCCGCCCGAGCGUCCAGAGAGCACAGGGAACGCGCGUUGGAGUAACCCUUGUAGUCACCCGGCCGGCUCACAGCACAGCUCCGCCACGCGUGUAGCUCGGUGACAUAAAAGUAUUAUUCGAAACAUGUAAAUUAUUUAAUAUGGGAAAGGUGUCGGUAACUGUGAAAGUAGACAUCGCGUUUGCCAGUGAACCCUUGGAGUGUUUGCUUUAUCCCCGAUAGGCGCAGAGGUUUGUCGUUGUGAAUUUAAUACUGCUUUGGUUGUAACGUAUAAGCUCGUUUCUUCGGUUUUCACUUUGUAAUUCACAUUUUUAACUUGUUACUGUUAAGUUAGGAUUCAACCGUAUUUCUCUCUCUGCUUAAAACCUGGUUAGAAACUACAUGAAGUGUGUGUAUUUUUUUUUAAAAAAAAGAGGACUCAACCGUAUUUCUCUCUCUGCUUAAAACCUGGUUAGAAACUACAUGAAGUGUGUGUAUUUUUUUUUUAAAAAAAGAGGAUUCAACCGUAUUUCUCUCUCUGCUUAAAACCUGGUUAGAAACUACAUGAAGUGUGUGUAUUUUUUUUUUUUUAAAAAGAGGAUUCAACCGUAUUUCUCUCUCUGCUUAAAACCUGGUUAGAAACUA